CACUAUUGUCAGUCGUAAAUGCGGUGACACAAACUCGGACACGUCGUACACUUCCAUUCCACCAACAACCCUGGCAAGAUAAUAAAAUUACGUCCCUUAUAAGUAUCUGCGUCAGUGAUCACUGACGGUCUAUCACGUACUUCUUGAUUCGCCAAUUGAUCUGCAGCCUCAUGUCGGACGAAGAACUUGCCUAUGCUCUGCGUUGGAAUAACAAUGCAGGAGUAGCGAUGUUUGCCGUGCUGUCCUAUGACUACAUCCUUCAGUUCGAGAAAGAGGUCAAGUUUUUUUGGACAAAAAAGUGGUCACUAAUGGCGUGUCUUUACUUCGCUGUUCGGUAUUUUGGUCUUGUCAUUGGAUUGCUUUGCGCCAGCUGGGGAGGUCUGGUGUACAUGCCCUAUGAGGUGAGCUACGUUCUUGGCGUUACAUUGGAAUGGGGAUUCUCAGUUUAUUUCUGGUUGGCGGAAAUGGUUCUCAUAUGGCGUCUUUACGCCCUAUACAACCAAUCCAGGACCCUACUUUAUGUGCUACUGGGGUUGUUCAUACCUAUCAUCGGGCUCACCAUAGGGAUGGAUAUAUUUUUAUAUAGUCGCCCCGUAGCAUUUUCGGCGGUAGAAAUAGUAACUCCAAACGUCAGGUACUGCACGGAAACCUUCAACCUAGGGCCUAUGCCCGCAUUAUAUACUUCCAUCCCGAUCAUAUGCUGGGAUAUCUUCCUAGUUAUUCUUGCCGUUGUCAUCCUCGUGAAGCACCUUAAAGAACGAAAAGAAUUCAAAAUGGAGCCCAACGUAUUUGUACUCCUGAUCGUUCGAAGUCAUAUCAUAUACUUCAUCCUGAACUUGCUAGACCAAAUCUUAUUGACGAUAGUAUGGGCCCCUGGACUUCCGCCGUCAGUGAUGUCUCUCUCGGAGAUGUUCGUCGAUACCGCGCCAUUUAUCAUCGCGCCCCGCCUUAUCAUCGGCAUUUGGAAUUCGCAUGCCGACGACCAGUGCGUACAUAUCAGUACAGAGUUCGAAGAUUGUAUAUGCUGGACUCUGCCACCGUCAUUCGAGCAGCAUGAGCAGCAUGAACAGCACGAACAGUACGAAAUGGACUACGCAUGAUUGUUCCGACCAGGAUGAAGGAAAACAAAUACUGGGUGAAGUGGUUUCUCAGGGCCGAUUUUUCUGUGUACCUAUGUACUAUCGGGUGUGUAAAUCGACUAUCAAAAAAUCCCCCAAAAUAUCAUCAUCACCUCUCGCCCCAUCGAAGACAUUGGGGAUGCCCUCCGCCCCGCGUCAC